CAGUCCUCUGUGGGGGUUUCCUGGUUUGACAGCUGUCACUGUGCGCCGAGGUCAAGGCAAAGAAGCAUGGCUGCGCUGUUUAGAGGGUCACGAAAUGUAUUGUUACGGUGGAAUAAGCAUGUCGACCUUGCCGCCGUGUCAAUGCGAUCAAUGGCUUCAAAAACACCAGUGGGGUUUGUUGGUCUGGGAAACAUGGGCACUCCCAUGGCCAAAAACCUGUUAAAGAACGGUUAUCCUGUUAUUGCCACUGACAACUUCCCAGAGUCCAGCAAGGAACUGCAGGACCUGGGUGCUCAGGUUGUAGACACCCCUGCAGAUGUGGCAGAAAAAGCCGAUCGGAUCAUCACAAUGCUGCCGUCAAGUCCCAACGUCAUAGAGGUCUACACUGGCCAAAAUGGCAUCCUCAAGAAGGUAAAGAAGGGAACGCUGUUGAUUGACUCUUCAACCAUUGACCCGUCUGUUUCAAAAGAGAUGGCAGCAGCUGCAGAGAAAAUGGGCGCCGUGUUCAUGGAUGCUCCAGUUUCAGGAGGUGUUGGGGCUGCCAGCCUGGCCAAACUGACUUUCAUGGUGGGUGGAGUGGAGGAGGAAUACAACGCUGCACAAGAGCUGCUCACCUGCAUGGGAGCCAAUGUUGUCUAUUGUGGACAGGUUGGCACCGGGCAGGCUGCAAAGAUCUGCAACAACAUGCUGCUGGCCAUCGGGAUGAUUGGGACUGCAGAGACCAUGAACCUCGGCAUCAGACUUGGUUUAGACCCAAAGCUGCUGGCAAAGAUCCUCAACAUGUCCUCAGGCCGUUGCUGGUCCAGCGAUACGUACAACCCAGUCCCUGGUGUCAUGGAUGGAGUCCCCUCUGCCAACAACUACUUGGGCGGCUUUGGAACCACACUAAUGGCAAAGGAUCUUGGUUUGGCCCAAAACACUGCCACCAACACUAAGACGCCGAUCCCUCUGGGCUCCCUCGCCCACCAGAUCUUCAGAGUCAUGUGCUCCCGCGGUUAUGCUAACAAGGACUUCUCGUCUGUCUUCCAAUUCCUACGUGAGGAGGAAGGACAGUGAAUGCAGGGGGAGCACCGUUAACUGUGAUAUUAGCAUACACACACAUAAAUACACACACACACACAAAAAACACACAGAGACACAUUUCAACCACACACCCCAGUGCCCCUUAUCCCACUAUGCUCAGGAGAGACUAAGGCCUUGCCCUCAGGCAAAGAUCAGCAAUCCAAUUAACAUACUGUAUGUUGACACGUGUCCCCUCAUUGCAUUAGCUGAAUCAUACUUUGAAUUCAUGGCUCUCCCUUUUGAAUGUGGGGAAAUGCUAAAAACUGACCUUAGAUAACGUAUCUGGAGACGAAGCCAGCUGACGAGAGGUAGGACGAGGCGCUGCAGGCUUACACAAAUCAAGGCAGACGUAAUGUAUGUGGUAUUUUAAAGAUGAUCGAGAAGUAAUAAUUGCAUGAAUGAUAAAAGUAUGUUUUUGUCAGGUUUGCUCUUUUUGCCUGUUACUCAAAUGACCAGGAUCUGUCCCUGUUCAAGUAAAUUAAGAAAUCGAACAAAAGCAAGAUACAGUAAGGAUUAACAUAGUGAUGAAAAAAGAGACGGUGAAAGAGUUUGGGCUACACUCAUGGAAACAAAAUCCAGAGGCAUUACAAAACUGGCCGUACAUGAGAGUUUACCUUUGGUGUUACAUUUCUUUGUUUCUGGCAGGACCUUGGUCACUCGGGUGACACCUGAGACUUCCUGCCAACGUACAAACUUUAUUAUUUCGAUCAUGAAUCAUCCAGUUAUCUUACUUACUCAGUUAAAGUAUUUUCAAUUCUUGGUUUCCACAAUUACAGUGAAUCAGCCAGUUCUUCUCUGCUGCACCAUAAGAUAAAUACCUGGUUAUUUUUGCACUGUGUGCAUCGCGGUGUGAUGUGCUGGGUUAUUUUGAUACAGUUCCAGAAUCUCUUAGAACCUACCUCUCUCCACUACUGUCCUCAUCUGCUCUCCACUACAGCAUUGUUAUUAUUAUUGUGUGACCAACGCUGUUAAAACUGUAUACUGUUUACUACACAAUGUUCUCGAUUUCCAACACAUUCUCUUACCCGUUAGGUCGAUCCUUCUCGCAUAUGUAUGACGUCUGUGUAAAGUGUCAGUGAGGAACGGUUCCUCCCUGCUAUGAGCAAAUGUACAUAAUGUAUAUUCAUAUUGUCGUGUAGUAAUGAAGAGGAAUCUAAAAGAACCGUCACUUUUUUUAGUAAAAUUCUUUCAUUGUCUCUACAGUUUGUCUUUGCUCUGUGAAACAGAUCCUCCGUCACACUGUAGCCUAAAAUAAAAGAUGUUCUGUG